UAUAACAGUGAAAACGAAAAAAAAAUUUGUUUAAAGUUGUGACAAAUAAAUUGAAAAUUUUCAACACUUUUUCGAUAUUAUAGCAAUUUUUUUGAUAAUUUGUAUAAUUGUUAUCAAAGCGAUGUCAUUGGACUUGUUUUUAGCAAAUCAUCCAUUUUUGAACCGCCGAUACCGCGAUCGGUAUGAUUGGCCGCGAAGUUUGUUUGGACAACAUUUUGGUCUCGAUUUACAAGAUUUUGACGAUGUCUUGAACCGAUCGAUGAACAGAAUUAAUGAAUCGACUGAUUCAUCACAAGUGGCCAACACGGCCGACAAGUUUUCAGUUAAUUUGGAUGUCAGUCACUUCAAGCCCGAAGAAAUUGAGGUCAAAACAGUUGGCAAUUGUGUUCAAAUUCACGGAAAACAUGAGGAGAGAUGUGAUAGUCAUGGAUGGGUCUCACGUGAGUUCACUCGCAGAUAUGCUUUACCCGAUGGAUGUAAACCAGAGGAUGUCGUUUCAAGUCUCAAACCAAAUGGUGUGUUAACUAUUGUGGCCAACAAACAACAAUUACCGCUUUUGAUGGGCAAAGAAAGGGUGGUUCCUAUUGCUAUCAACGGAUCAAAUGAUAAAUGAAAAAGUUUUUUACUUUAAAUUAUUUAAUAUUUUGUAAUAUUAAUCUCUUAAUUAUAUUAAUCCUCUUUAUUUAAUA